AUGACUAUCCCAACUACUCAAAAAGCCAUCGUCGUUGAGACGACUGGCGGUCCAGAGGUUCUCCAACUGAAGACCGACUACCCAGUCCCACAGCCUUCAGAUGGACAAGUGCUUAUCAAGAACAAGGUUUCUGGCAUUAACUACAUCGACACAUACUUCCGCACUGGACUUUACCCAUCAUCCAAGCCGGAAGUUCUCGGCCGUGAGGCUGCAGGGACUAUCGUCGCUCUUGGUCCAGGCGCAAAUCCAUAUGGGUUCAAAGUUGGAGACCGCGUCGUAUGGAUGAAGACUGCUUCAUAUGCGGAGUACUCUGCUGUGCCUGACCGAGAUGUUGUAAAGAUCCCCGAUGGGGUCUCGGAUGAAGAAGCCGUUGCCUCGUUUCUCAGUGGGUUGACAAUUUUAACUCUGGUCAAAGAAACAUAUGCUGUCAAGAAGGGUGACACGGUACUUGUACAUGCUGCUGCUGGCGGUGCUGGGUUUCUGAUGGUUCAAGUUCUCAAACUGCUUGGGGCUAUUGUUAUUGGUACCGCGGGAGGACCAGAGAAGGUUGCCUUGGUUAAGAGCCUGGGUGCUGACCAUGUGAUUGAUUACCGUAGCGAGGAGGGCAAAGAUUGGGUGAAGCGUGUGAAGGAAAUCACGAAUGGGCGUGGCGUUGAUGUCGUGUAUGACUCGGUUGGCAAGGAUACUUGGGAAGGUAGCCUUGAUGCUGUGAAGAGAAAAGGGUUUAUUGCCUGGUUCGGCAAUGCUAGCGGUCCUGUCCCAGCAUUUCCAAUUCAACGACUAACCCCAAAGUGUGUCACGAUUGCUCGGCCGUCAAUGCUGGGGUAUGUCGAAACAAGAGAAGAGUACGAAGGCUACGUGAAAGAACUGUUUGAUCUUCUCAGUUCUGGAAAACUGAAAGUCAAGAUCCACAAAGUCUAUCCAUUAGAAGACGUUCAGCAAGCACACAAGGACCUGGAAGGCCGAAAAACAACCGGCAAAUUGCUUUUAGCGCCCUGA